AUGUCAUUCAACUUUGCUAAUUUCACCAAGGAUUUGAAAUCAUUUGGGGAUAGAAUCUCCACUGAAUUCAACAAAGAAGUUGUCCCAUAUGCCCAAAGAACCUCAAGAAUGGUUCAAGAAAAAAUGGGUAAUAUUAAAGAAGAUGAUAUUAGUCAAUUACCAUCUGAAUAUAUAGAAUUGGCUAAUAAAUGUAACAAUAUUGAGAAAUUAUACAAGAAUGUUUUGAAAAUUACUAAUAAUUAUGAAAAUGAAAGUUAUGAUUAUCCAUCAAAUAUUCAAGAAAAUUUAAGUGAAUUUGGUAAAAAUAUUACUACUAGAGUUUCAAAUGUUGCUAAAGCUACUACUACUGCUGAAGCUCAAGCAGCUUUAGUUAAUCCAAAUAAUGGCGAAUUUAAACCUCCAAAAACUUUAUAUCAUGCUUUAAGUAGAGCUACUGAUGCGUCUAUUUUAACUACUGAUAAAUCAAAUGAUCCAUUAAUUAAAGGAUUGGAUUUAUAUUCAUCAAAUUUAAACAAGAUCGCUAAUGCAAGAUUAGGACAAGAUCAAUUAAUUAAAUCUAAAUUCAAUAAACCUUUGACAACUACUUUACGUUCAUUAAUUAGUCAAUCAAAUAGUAUUCAAAAGAAAGUUGAAGAUAAAAGAAUUGAUUAUGAUUUAGCAAGAAGUAAUUUGGCUAAUUGUACUAAUCCUCAAAAAGAACCAAAAUUAAGAGUUGAUAUGGAAAGUGCCGAAGAUGAAUUUGCUAAUACUGUUGAAGAUGCCAUUAAUGUUAUGCAAAAUGUAUUGGAGAAUUCUAAACCAUUGGAAGAAUUUUUGGAAUUAAUUAAAGCUCAAUUGGCCUAUCAUAAAUUAGCUACUGAAUUAUUGGAUGGUAUGGUUAAAUAUUUUGAUGAAUUGAUUGACGAACAACACAAAUUGAGUUCAAGUGCAGUUACUAGUGGUAGGGAAUCUGGCGAUUUUGAUAUCUAG